CAAUCCGUUUACCGCGGGUAACCAUAACAACUAAUCAGACUGGAAACAUUUGCGAUUUCGAGAGAAACGCCUAUAUCAGCGAGGGAGAAACAUGAGCACUUCGUGGAUGUCAAAAACUUCAUCUGAAGUUCUAAACUUCGUUUUCAAACAAAUGACAGGAGAGCAUGAUGAACAAGCAUCAAGCUCGUUGGACGUCCUUUCUAAAGGCAAUGUAUGGAUCAAAGAUCUUCCCACGAAUAGUGUUGAACCGAUUGAGGAAUCAUUCGGGGCACGAAAGAUAACAAGAAACGGUAAGAAGGAGAGAGAAUUGGAGGAAAAGAUGGCAGUCCUUGAACAACAAUUCCUAGAGAGGGAGAAAGAACUCCUAAAAAAGAACUCUGUCUUGGAAAAUCAGCUGAAAGAAUCAAGUGAAAAAAUGAAUGAUCUACGCAUCCAGCAAGGAAAGGAAAACGAGUCUCUCCAGACUGAAAUGAAAGACUUGAGGGAGACUCUGUCAAUCAGAGAAAAGUGUCAUACAAAACAAAAAGAUAUUUUCAAAAAGAUGGCAGCUAAUUCCCAGAGUGAACUGGACAAAGCUCGGGCGGUCAUUUCUAAUCUCUCUGAAGGGAUGAAGGGUUGUGAAGAAGUCAACUCUAAGUUGGUUGAGAAGAUCAGUUUCCUUCAGGAUGAGGACAAAAAGAUGCAGUUUGAUCUUCAAGAAAGAAGAAACAAGGAGAGGCUAAACGACAAAAUGGGUAUGAUGAACCAUUUAAAGGAAGAUCUGAAAACAAAACGUACUGAUGUGACAGUAGAAAUACUAGGUUCGUGA